GCUUUCACGCAAGUGAAAAAAUAAGUUAACCACUGUGUCAAGCAGGGAAUUACGUAGCUAGCAGUGGCGUUAGCUGCCUGGUGUGGAUUUAGUGUGAAUUUCGCAUGGCUUUGCAGCUAUCCAACUAAUCUGUAAGCACAUAACACCAUUCAAGUACAUUUUGAAACAUUGAUAUUGACAUUUUUGAGCCACUGAUUGGGGCAGUGAUUGCAUUUAUUUACAUUUUCCUUUGUUUUCCUGUAAGAAAAUAUUUCUGGUCUUUUGACACGAGUCGCAGGAUCCUGUUCUGUGGUUUUCACUGUUUGUAUGGCAUUCCUACAUCGCAAUAAGUUCCAUUUCCUGUUCUCUGGUAGUCAUCACAGUUUCCUUUCUUUCUGUGUUGACAUCGCUUCCACAAUAAGCCAAAGAAAAAGCAAAACUCUUGUGGAGUUAAUCCUUUUGACGCUUCCAGGAGAGACACAUGGAGGCGUCACCAAAAAGACAUGUCAUUUGUUAUUGGGGCAUUAUUCUACUCAGUGCAACACUGAUAUACUUACGUAUAUAAUAGUUCGAAACAUAUUGUUAUUUAUGGUUGUGUAGUCAAAUGAAUGUUUGGAACUGGUGAAUGUGAGGUCUUGGUGUGUUUUCUUGACUUGAACUGUAAAUCCAGGUUCCUGGUGGACUAUUUCACGGUGUGCCUCUGCUGGACGUUUGCUCCCUGUGGCAGCACCAGGCUAUCAGAGUCAAAGAGUCAGUGGAGCAGAUAGCAGAGCCAGGCCUGCAUUGCACGACGCUGGCUUCUUCUGCGUGAUCCCAGCAGCCAAUGAGACGAGGGCACACAUCCACGUAGUGGCUGAGCGGAGCCACGCUCUGUUGUGAAGGGCAACUUGGGAGCUGAGUAGAUUGUCAAGUGGCGUUAAUCUCAGUGGCGGAAGCUGGCUGCAAAGUGAUUUACAGCCAUAGCGGGGAGGGGGGGGACGCUGCGUUUUGUGUUGAAUGUGAAAUGUGUGCAAGUAUGCUCGUCUGUGUCAUCAAAUUUGACAUAUUUAAUGUUCAUGCCUGCUGGAUCCGCCUUCUUUUUUUCUUUGAAUUAUUCAUUUGACUUCCUCUCUGCCAACCUCUAAAGAGCAUUAGUCAUCUCUCUAUCGAAGGGACACCUGCUGUCUUUAGAUGCGGGAUCUUCGAGUCUUUCUGCUUGCCAUGAAGAAGAUGAAAUUAAUCACUAAUUGGAAAGUCUGCAUAAUUUUUCCCCAGAACAAAUCAUGUAAAUUCAUGUAAACUAAUGUUCUAGAGGCAAAAACAAAACCUCUCAAGCAACAAUUUAACUUUCUGAAAGGGCAUACAGUGUAAGACGUUAACUACUGUCAGUUUUAUUCAUUAAAUCCCAAACAGUUUUUCCCUUGGGCAUUAAUUUAAAUCCUAUUCGAACUUCUUGUUAAUGCGGAUUUCCGUACUGUAACCAUAACUCACUCAAGGUAAAACUCAACUCUGAACCUCCAACGGCACUUCCUGUCCUCUACACAUCUGUCCACUCACAACUAAGGUACCCGGAGGAUACAUUUACUGUGACACACACAAGCUGGUAUUUUAUUUAUGUCUUAAAUUGAUUAUUUACUCUGAUUAUAUCUACUAUAUUGGGUAAAACCAUAAUGUAAAGGUGACUAUAGGGGUGUUAUUUCAUGUCGAGGGGGCUCUAAUUGUGUUAAACAUGUGCUCUAUAAUGGUAAGGGUCCUCUGUAAUAGUAGAUUCAGAGUUUAUCAUAUUGACCCGUACAUAAGACAAGCCCUGUUUUUUCAAGGCCAUUUUGUGGAAAAAGACAAUCACACACAGGUGUGUGUGAGUGACAGGACAGCCUUUCACACAGAACCCACCCGAGUGAGAUGGUGUCGUAACUGUGUGCAUUUUCACACAGCAUCCUGCUGUUAGAAGAGAAUUAGAUGACAACUCUUCUCAGAAGGCAACAAUCACUUUCAACACAAUAGGCCAGGAGGAGGGAGUCUCUUGAAAGUGUCCCUUUCACACAUGUGCCGUCCCUCCUCUGUUAUGCCACAGAUGGUGGAAAUUGCCAGGUUGGCUCCCCUCACCACGAGCAGAAGCGGCUAAUGGCUAACAUUAGCUGUUAUGUCCUCAUGGUAUUGACUACGUCUAUUCUUCACCCCGGUUUGGAGACUUCUUCUGUCCUCUCGUGUGCAUUACUUGCGGAAAUGGUGACAAGGAAUGACAAGGAUGAGGUCUGCCAAGCAUCUUCCUCCCUCCUGACGCAUUCUACAAUUUUACAUGAGAACGCCAUGGCAACACGAAUAAGGCGACAGAUACGCACAUCUUCUUUCUACUCAUAAGCCGUCCUGCCCACUUGUCAGUCCAAACGGCAGGAAGUCCCUGGCACUGGACUCGACAUCCAACCACCCUGAGACUCUCUCUCUCUCGCUUCCCAGCACUCUACCCCCCUCCCCUCCCAUCCCCUCUCAACAAGCCAACGUUAUUUUCCUCCCAAGUCUCCUCUGCGCCACUUUUCCACAAACAAGAGCAUCCCGCUGUCAGUUUGAGCUCGGCAUGGCUUUAGCGUUCCCGCUGUAGGCGUCCAGGAUGAAGAGGUUUGUGGCCAUCGUGUUGCGUAGCCUGGUCACUCUGUCCAAGGAGAGCCCCAUCUGGGCCAAGGAGCACCACCGACCGGCAAAGCGGGAGAUCAGGAGGAAGAGGAGGGCGCUCAGAAGAGCCAAGACCACGGGCAGACGCAACUUAGUGAGGGCGAUGAUACUAACGGUGUACCUCAGCGAUGGGGAGCAGGCCAUGACGGAGGUGCCCAUCACCCCCGAGACCACAUGCCGCGACGUCGUGGAGUUCUGCAAGGAGCCUGGCGAGAGCGGCUGCCACCUGGCCGAGGUCUGGAGAGGCAACGAGCGAGCCAUCCCAUUCGAGCACAUGAUGUACGAGCAUCUCCAGAAAUGGGGGCCCCGGAAGCAGGAAGUCAAGUUCUUCCUCCGCCAUGAAGAUUCUCCGACUGAGAGCAGCGAUCAGGGGAGUCAGCAGUCUCAGGAUCAGACGAGUCGGCGAAGUGGCAACGCCGGAGAAAAGCACAAUGAGAACGGGGUGGGGAAUCAACGCGUGGAGCUCACCCUCUCGGAGCUGCAGGAGAUGGCCACACGGCAGCAGCAGCAGAUCGAGGCUCAGCAGCAGAUGCUUGUCGCAAAGGAGCAGCGACUGCGUUACCUAAAGCAACAGGAGCGACGUCAGCAGCAGACGGCCACAGAGAGCGAGAAGCUGCAGCGGCUGAAGGAGCGCGUGGAGAGCCAGGAGGCGAAGCUCAAGAAGAUCCGUGCUAUGAGGGGCCAGGUGGACUACAGCAAGGUCAUCAAUGGCAACCUGUCGGCAGAGAUCGAGCAAGUGAGCGGCCUGUUCCAAGAGAAGCAAGCUGAGCUGCAGGCGGCCGUGCUGAGGGUGGAGCAGCUCAGCGUGCAGCUGGAGGAUCUACGCAAGGGGAAGCUCAACGGCAUACAGACAACACUUGGCGGACAAGUGACUGGCACUGCAGCUCUGGAGCUCAGAAAGCUCUACCAGGAGCUUCAGAUACGUAACAAAUUGAACCAGGAGCAGAACAGCAAACUGCAGCAGCAGAAGGAGCUUCUGAACAAGCGCAACAUGGAGGUGACGCUCAUGGACAAGCGCAUCAGCGAGCUGCGGGAGCGCCUCUACAAGAAAAAAGCUGAGGCACGUCAAAAAGAGAACCUCCCUCUCAACAGGGCCAAUGGACCGCCCUCCCCACAGCCCGGGCCCGGGACCCUGGGCCGCGUGGCCGCCGUGGGUCCGUACAUUCAAGUCCCUGUUCCGACCCGACAGGAUGCAGGCUACACCUUGCCACCCGAACCACUGAAACCACAGACUCUGGGUGUUAAUAACCAAGCCAACCAGGGCCGUACCAAGUCAGAAGGUGCGCGAAAGCCUCCGGGCCCCUGGAAGGUGUCUGAUUUAGACAUCGUCGUGGACCCGCUCCCCCCGCCCCUUCCAGAGUCUCACCCGGGCACUGGAGCCUCCUCCACUGGCUCUGAUGGCACGUCUCCUAAUGAAGCUGGUUGGCCUCCUGCGGGUAAGACUGGCACAACUUUAAAGCCUCCCGAGAGAAGAGACUCAGAUCCACAGCAGGCUAAGACCCCUCCUUCCGGGCCCCCUGCGGCUCCAAGUGCAGAAAAGGUUCUAGAUUCCAAAAAGACAGUGUCAUCCCCUUCUAUUUCCAAACCCCAGCCACCACCCUAUGGCUCCCACCUCACUUCAGCCAACUCGGCCAGCUCUCUGGAGCGCCGCAAGGAUGCGCCACCGCCGCUGCCGCCGCCUCGCCCGCUACCGAACCCCCCGGCCCUUGCCUGGCCCCGCGUGGCCCCCUCCACAGGGUCGUCCUCGCAGCAGAUCCAGCAGAGGAUCUCUGUUCCACCCAGUCCCACCUUCCAGCCUCACACACCACUCUUCCCGCCUGGAAUGAGCGAGCGGUUGGAUCCCCCGCCUGCUGUAGCGGUGCGUCCUUUCAUCCCAGACAGAGGAUCACGGCCUCAGUCGCCCAGAAAGGGCCCGGCGACCAUGAACUCCAGCUCCAUCUAUCACAUGUAUCUUCAGCAGGCGGCGCCAAAGUCUCAGCCUCUUAAGCCUGCUCUCAAAGCAGUAUAUGGGAAGCCCGUCCUCCCGUCGAGCUCAACACCCCCCUCACCUCUACCUUUCGUCCCGCCCGGAGGAUCCUUCCCAUUGCUCCAAGGUCCACCUGGCGGCGAGGAUAUGCUAGAUGGCGACGCAGAGGAUCACGAGGGCUUACGCCACAUGGAGCCAUCAGCACCGCCUCCCAGCGUGGAGAACAUCCCGCGACCACUCAGCCCAACUAAGCUAACACCAAUGGUACACUCCCCACUGCGCUACCAAAGUGACGCUGACCUUGAGGUGCUCCGUAAAAAGCUGGCCAACGCUCCGAGGCCCCUGAAGAAGCGCAGCUCAAUCACAGAACCGGAGGGGCCAAGCGGACCUAACAUCCAGAAACUGCUCUAUCAAAGAUUCAACACCCUCGCAGGAGGAAUUGAAGGAAGUGUCGGAACUGGGGGUGGUAACGGCACAGGGAGUGGAACUCCAUUUUACCAGCCUGCAAAUCCUCCAGGCUAUUUGGGCGGCGACCCGGCAGCAGACACAGACAAUGGCAACCUUCCCUCCGACACUCUCCCCCCGCCACCGGCGCCACCCGAAGCAGAAGAGCUGGGCUCAGAGGCGCACUCUAGCGACGCCAACGACAACCAGCCGCUGCCUCCGCCGCCAGAAGGGCUCGCCGACUCCGCAGACGCCGAGGGAGCGGAGGACGAAGACGACAACAACAAUAAUGUGGGAAGCUCCGAGGUUUUGUUGCCCAGCCCAGUGCUGGAGGUCAGCUCGCCGGAGGAGAGCGGCACUGUGAUGACGCAACCCUCUCGCACAAACCUGAAGAAGCCAGAGUCUGAGCGCACGGGUCACGGCUUCAGGGUGAAGUUCAACCCUCUGGCUCUCCUGCUGGACGCCUCGCUGGAAGGAGAGUUUGACCUUGUCCAGAGAAUUAUUUAUGAGGUGGAGAAUCCCAGCACGCCCAAUGAUGAGGGCAUCACGCCGCUGCAUAAUGCCGUGUGCGCCGGCCAUCACCACAUCGUCAAAUUCCUGCUGGAUUUUGGUGUGAACGUUAAUGCGGCGGACAGCGACGGAUGGACUCCGCUCCACUGCGCCGCCUCUUGCAACAGCGUCCACCUCUGCAAGUUGCUAGUAGAGUCUGGCGCCGCCAUCUUUGCCAGCACCAUUAGCGAUGUGGAGACGGCCGCCGAUAAGUGUGAAGAGAUGGAAGAGGGCUACAUCCAGUGCUCACAGUUCCUAUACGGCGUUCAGGAAAAGCUAGGCGUCAUGAACAAGGGCACGGUGUACGCAUUGUGGGACUAUGAAGCUCAGAACCAGGACGAGCUGUCCUUCAGCGAGGGGGACGCCAUCACCAUCCUGCGGCGUCAGGAUGACAGCGAGACAGAGUGGUGGUGGGCGCAGUUGGAGGACACGGAGGGCUACGUGCCUCGGAACCUCCUGGGGCUCUACCCACGGAUCAAACCUCGCCAGCGCUCCCUGGCGUAGCGUCCCCAGAAAAAACCUACGGCAAAGAACAAAAAAAAAGGAGCCUCAAGAACUGUCUCGUCUCCUGGCGGCCAUACUCUAUUUAUUUACACACCUACGUGAUGGAAAAGCACUCUUAAUGCGGAAAGUUGAAAUCCUUCCAUCCCAUUGGUCUCCUCAGUAUACAGUACACCUCUAUGACUUCAACAAAAGCUUUUGCAGUAUUUCUAUUUUUUCCCAUGUGGUCACUUUCAUGUCGCUCUUUUAAUUGUGGUUAUGUUUUUUUUUAAUUAUUAUUUAAAGCUGGCCCGAAAGAAUUAACCCAAAUGUUUGAUUUUAACCACCAAAAGUAUUUUUUGUAAUCCUUUUUUUGAAAAUACGCUGCAGGAAAAACCCUCUUUAGUUUUUUUUAGACAGCACAUCACAACAGGGAGCGUGUCAUGCACAGAUUGAUUUGACUGACUGUCCCAAGUUGCAUUUCAUAAGUAUUCUUGUAAGAUUCUCUUCAUCCAGCAUAGUUUUCUCAAAAUGCUGCUACAAUUAAUGUUGAAGUCAUUUCAAUGGCCAGUUAAAACAGUUUGAGAUUUGAAUAGGAAUGAAAUGUGUUGAUUUUUAUUUAAAUGAACCCAUACAGUUAAAUAGGUGAAGCUUUUGUUUACUUCACAUAAUAAGUACCCAGUUGGUUUUUAUGACUUUGAAGCCUUUAAAUCUCAGGACCAACAUGGCGCUGCUGACACUGUUCCACUAUAGUGUUCCUAUUUUUAUGUUCAUGUCACUGGAGCAACAAACCAAACACAGCUGAUGCCCAUCCUGUACAAGUUAUUUUUCAUCAGAGUGGAACAGUUAAGACUUUAAAGGCAUUGUCUCGUAAUUUUUCUUUCCUUCCCAUCUUCACCAAACCCAUGCAGGUAUAUUACUGUACAUGCAACAUUAUCUGCAGUCCAUCGGUGUGUUUUCAACCUGGAGUGAGUGAGUAUAAGUGAUGCAAAGUGCAACAAAUGGCCCACUUAAAGCUGUACAUAGUGUGAAGAGGUUGUUUUGUUCACCGUAUGAACAGGUGGGAUUUCUCUAUAAUGCUGUAUUCACGCAUACACAAAUCUGUAAAUGUGAACAAUAAAACCUAAAGCUCUGGCAUGACUCAAAAGCACUUGGCUCAAAACAA